GGUACUUCAUUACCAAACCAGAGGUGAUCUCCAAGUUGGAGCAAGAAGCCGAGCAAUGGACGACAGACUCCCCAAACCAGAGUCUACAAGGUCAGUACAUACUGGGCGCCGAGGCUGGAAAGAAGGGCUCUCACACUUAUACNGAGGAGUGGCAGGACCUUGAUGAUGGUCAGAGGACUUUGUACAGGAAUGUGAUGCUGGAGAACUACAGCAACCUGGUGUCAUUGGGGCACUGCAUUACCAAACCAGAGGUGAUCUCCAAGUUGGAGCAAGAAGCCGAGCAAUGGACGACAGACUCCCCAAACCAGAGUCUACAAGAUAUCCAGAUAGUUGAAGGUCUAAUUACAAAAAAUCAAGAAUGUCAUGAUACGCAUUUGCAGCAAAUUGUAAUUACCAACAGCAAUACAUCAACUGAGAAGAGAGUUGAAUUAGAAAAAACAUUUCAUUUGAGCUCAAACCACAUUUCAAAUUCAAUUAUAAAUAGUGAAAACUAUUCAGGAAUGAGUGAAUGUGAUAAAUUGUUCAUGAAGAAGUUACCCCUUGCAAUACAUAAGAGGACACAUACAGGGGAAAAACUAUAUGUGUGUGAUGAAUGUGGGGAAAGCUUCCACCAGAAGUCACUCCUCAGCAGGCAUCCGAGAAUUCACACAGGUGAGAAACCAUAUAAAUGUGCAGAAUGUAGAAAAUCUUUCCACUGUAAACCAUACCUCAGUAUACAUCAGAGAAUUCACACAGGUGAGAAACCAUAUGAAUGUAAAGAGUGUGGAAAAACUUUCUACCAUAAAUCAUGCCUCAGUGUACAUCAGAGAACUCACACAGGUGAGAAACCAUAUGAAUGUAGUGAAUGUGGAAAACUCUUACAGAGGCAGUCAAUCCUCAGCAGGCAUCAGAGAAUUCACACAGAGGAGAAGCCCUAUGUAUGCAAUGAAUGUGGAAAAACUUCACCAGAACAGGCUUUUUUGAAUAUACAUCAGAAAAUACACACAGAACAGAAACCUUAUAAAUGUAGUGAAUGUGAUAAAUUGUUCAUGAAGAAGUUACCCCUUGCAAUACAUAAGAGGACACAUACAGGGGAGAAGCUAUAUGUGUGUGAUGAAUGUGGGGAAAGCUUCCACCAGAAUUCACUCCUCAGCAGUCGGCAGAGAAUUCACACAGGUGAGAAACCAUAUAAAUGUGCAGAAUGUAGAAAAUCUUUCCACUGUAAACCAUACCUCAGUAUACAUCAGAGAAUUCACACAGGUGAGAAACCAUAUGAAUGUAAAGAGUGUGGAAAAACUUUCUACCAUAAAUCAUGCCUCAGUGUACAUCAGAGAACUCACACAGGUGAGAAACCAUAUGAAUGUAGUGAAUGUGGAAAACCCUUACAGAGGCAGUCAAUCCUCAGCAGGCAUCAGAGAAUUCACACAGAGGAGAAGCCCUAUGUAUGCAAUGAAUGUGGAAAAACUUCACCAGAAAAGUCAAACCUCAGCAAGCAUCAGCGAAUUUACACAGGUGAGAAUCCAAAUGAAUAGAAAGAAUAUGGGAAAACUUUCUACAGUAAAGCAAGCCUCAGUGUACACCAAAGAAUUCACACAAUUGUAAAACCAUUUGAAUGUAAUGAAUGUAGGAAUUCUUUCUACCAGAAAUCAAACCUUCCUAGACAUGAGCACAUUCACAUGGGGAAAGCCUCAUGA